UAUUAAUGAUAUUAAAUUACUAUUGAAAGAUAUUAUUUGUUAAGUUAUUAAAUUCUCCAACACGUUUUAAGACCGGCUCUUGGGUGUGUUCUAGAGAUUAUAGUCUGCAAAUGAAGAAGAGUAUUAAUUAGUUUUUACGGUCUCUCCCUCCUUUCCUUUGAAAAUUCCACUUCUCUCCUUGGAUAUUGGAAUUAAUCAGCAAUUGUUUCUCACUUUGACCUUUGAAAAUUUUGACUUUCAUUUAGUCCUCUGACUUUCUUCUUCUCAACCUAUAUAUAUUACUCUUCCUCUAUGCUCUUCAUCAUCACCAAAGUCUCCAUCUUUCACACCUUUACACAAACAUGAGUGCUGCAAGUGCAACUCACCUACAUCAUCAACAAAGUUCCAGUACAGGUGAAGCUGAUCGGAGCAAAUACAAGGGAGUUCGCCAGCGAAAAUGGGGGAAAUGGGUGUCGGAAAUUAGGGUUCCUGGUACCCAUGACCGGCUCUGGUUAGGUACCUACUCUACGCCGGAAGCAGCAGCGGUGGCUUAUGAUUUAGCUUCUUAUUGUUUAAAGGGACAACAGUCGUCUUCAAUGAAUCAUCGUCUAAACUUUCCUCUAAUGUUGCCUGCAUGUGUAAGAGCCGACAUGUCACCCAAGUCCAUACAGAAAGCAGCUUCCGAUGCUGGUAUGGCGAUUGAUGCCCAUAUGAUACUAAAUAGGACUUGUUCACCUGGUAAUGAAUCUAAGGGAAAUGAAAGUGGCGGUGGUGAUAGUUGUGCAAUUCUUAGCUCAUUGGAGACAGAGAUAAACUGGGAAGACGACGUGUGUUGCUGUGGGAGUUGUGAGGAAACUCAAACCAGAGAUAGUGGAGAGAGUUUAAGCAUCUCUGUUGAAGAUUAUUUAUAGUUGAAGCUUAUGUUCUUGGCUUUCUCAUUAUCUCUCUCCAUAUACUAUGUAGCCUAUAAAUACAUGUGUAUAUAUCCACUUUUUGAGCAAAUGAUGAAGAAAACUUAUGUUUUAUGCCAGUUUUUAUUGGGCUUUCUUUCUACUUUCUUCCAAAA